UCAGAGGGCGCUGGAGGAGGACGCGAACAAGAUGCAAGGAGGCGUCUGAAGGGCAGGAGUGGCAGACUCGAACGCAAGAACAAUGCUGCAAAAAAAGAAGAGUCAGAAACUGCAAACAAAAAUGAUUCUUCAAAGAAGUUGUCUGUCGAGAGAGUGUAUCAGAAAAAGACACAGCUUGAACAUAUUCUCCUUCGUCCUGAUACGUACAUUGGGUCGGUGGAACCAUUGACACAGCUCAUGUGGGUGUAUGAUGAAGAUAUAGGAAUGAAUUGCAGAGAGGUUACCUUUGUGCCGGGUUUAUACAAGAUCUUUGAUGAAAUUUUGGUUAAUGCAGCUGACAAUAAACAGAGGGAUAAGAACAUGACCUGUAUUAAAGUUUCUAUUGAUCCUGAAUCUAACAUUAUAAGCAUCUGGAAUAACGGGAAAGGCAUUCCGGUAGUAGAACACAAAGUAGAGAAAGUUUAUGUUCCUGCAUUAAUUUUUGGACAGCUUUUAACAUCCAGUAACUAUGACGAUGAUGAGAAAAAAGUAACAGGUGGUCGCAAUGGUUAUGGUGCAAAACUUUGUAAUAUUUUCAGUACAAAGUUUACAGUAGAAACUGCUUGCAAAGAAUACAAACAUAGUUUUAAGCAGAUAUGGAUGAAUAAUAUGAUGAAGACUUCUGAAGCCAAAAUUAAACAUUUUGAUGGUGAAGAUUACACAUGCAUAACAUUCCAACCAGAUCUGUCCAAGUUUAAGAUGGAGAAACUUGACAAGGACAUUGUGGCUCUCAUGACCAGAAGAGCUUACGAUUUGGCUGGUUCAUGCAAAGGAGUCAAGGUUAUGUUUAAUGGAAAGAAAUUGCCUGCCUGCGGGGUGCAGCCCAGCAAUUGGCGGAGCAGGCCAGGAGACCGAGGAGACUCCCGUAAGCGCCGAGAUAUAAGGACCGGGAUGGGCAGGGAUGGAAAGUUGUGGGGCCUGAAAGUUCCAGGUGGUAACCCCAGGAGGGCCGUCCAUGAAUGUCCUGAAAGUUCCAGGGGUGAUCCCCCAAAUUGCGGAGGAAACCCUGGGUGGCUCUCCACUAAUGGGGGCCCUGUGGUGGCUGUCCGUGAUGGACAGGGUCCGCCAAGGGAGUAG